UUGACCCUAAGUGUAGCUUCGUUUCAACGACCACCUGCAAAAACCUUUCUUCCUAACUGUCCAACUUACAGUAGGGAGCGUUGAUAUCCAUGCCUUAAGCGCACUUCGCUGUAUUUCUCCGAAUCAACUUCUCAUCUCGUCCUUCUCUCAUUCGUCCGCGCUCAAUCUGACUCUGAAUUUCACGAGCACAUGCGUGUCCACGAAUAUCUUGAUGACUGUCCUCUCCCUAAGCUGAUUUCCGUUCGCAUCCACGUCCGUCACGUACACGCCUGUCAAAGUCUUUGACUUCGAGAGCAUACAGAUUCCGCCCUCCUUCCAGCAAGAUCCUGUGUACACCUGCUUUUCUAGGUACUCGUGAGGUCAUCCUAGCCACAGCCUCAUACAGUUCUGUGGACAUAUAUUCGGUUCCAAUGCCUGGGAUCUCCCCUCAACAGGAGACGGCAACUCAUGAGCGGGAUAGCUUUCUGAAGCCUGAGAUCCCACCAGAAGAUCUUCCAGUACUCCCAGAGAUCCGGGAUCCCGAUUUGAAGCGUCGUGUCUUCACACAUCGAAGUUUCUAUGCUAGACCGACCCAUAUUUUUGAGGAUGUCCCUGAGGACCCUAGUCCCGACAACGAGAUGCUGGAACACCUCGGAGACUCGGUGUUGAGUCUUGUCGUCACUGGGUUCUUGAGGGAAGUAUACCCUUAUCUUAGAGUUGGUGCUUCGACGAAAAUCCGCGCUAUGCUCGUCGGUAACACCACCCUGGCGGCGAUUUCGAGGAUGUACAAGUUGCAUGAUCGUUUGAUCACUCAUCCUGCCCAAGCUAUCACGCUCCGUGCUUCAACCAACAUACAAGCUGAUCUGUUCGAAUCCUACGUCGGCGGAGUAUAUGAAGACGGCGGUCUCCAAGUUGUUAAAGACUGGCUCCAACCUCUCUUCCGUCCCUACAUCACCAAAGCCUACCGUCUCGUCCGAAUCCAACACGGGUUGCCUCCCGACCCACCUCCUCCGAACCCCACUCGGCGUGUUGUCAUUUCACCCAGCUCCUCUUCGUCUUCAACGCCCUCUUCCGGUCAAGGUCAUUCGCCCUCCAUGCAAAAUGUCAGCAUGCCAUUCGCACCUACCUGGUCUACGCCCCCUCCCUCUCGGAUUGCUGCUUCCACUGGACACUUGUCAUUAUUCAAUCAACACUUGCAGCAGAAGUGUAAACAUAUUGAAUGGGUGUACAGCGAUAGUGCUGGAGAGGGUACACGAACAACUCCGAUCUGGGUCGUCAGGGCUAUGGUUGAAGGCAAAUGUCUCGGUCGUGGACGUGGAAGUACCAAGAAAGCUGCGAAGAAUGAAGCCGCUAAAGAAGGGUUACAGAACUUAGGCGUUCUUAUCCGGCAGCCUGAGGUUGAAGGUUAGAGCAACAGGGACCAUGGACCUACACACUCCCUUCAAACUCGUGCUGGAUGCGCUCAGCAGCAGAAUUGCCAGCUGUUCAUCCCGCCCGGGUGUGAAGAGACUUUGUAUGGGACAAUCCACGCUAUUCACUAGAACGAAUGAAGCACGACGGCGACGUUGGCUACGGUUUCGAUGAUAACGAAGGAUUCACAUCCACACUUCUCGGAUAUUUAUUGGGUCGGAUCUCGAAGAUGCAUUCUUGCUUUCUGUCAUGUGUAUGAUAUCUAUUGCCAGCUUAUGAUGUGUACUGCUAUGGUAUGGUGUUCUUUUGUAUACCCUGCGACGGGCUUGCCGUUUGCGUUGUAUGUAGAAUUCUGAAGUGUUGUGUUCGCUGCUUUUGUAUAUGACGGAUAUGUAGGGAAGGGUGUAUAUGGGGCUAUAGAUACAGAAUGAAUACACAGAAAUGAUGAUUACUUGCGUACUUUUGCUCGACCAGCAUAGAACAGCU